GUGUCUGAGCGGCUCGUUGGACGUGAAUCCAACCCGCAGUCAGUGAACCCAGGAGCAUCUGCAUGAACAAUGAACCGGCGGACCUGGGAGGGGAUGGUUUGAGACGAAGGUGGAGCGGAUGCGUGAGGAGUGCCGGGGUGAUGGGAGAGCACCGCAGCUGUGAUUUGCGGGAUUUCCUGGGGCGUGAAUGACCUCUAACGGUACAGGGAAUUAGUCAUUUCUAAUACUUUGUUGUCUGCACAGUCAAUCCUCUUACAGACUCUCACAGCGUCACACCGGCGGGAUUGUUGAUGAACUUUCACAGACAUAGUCAGUGAAAUAGGCUGCAUAUCUGAACCUUAGUGUCUUAAUUGAUCUAUUUACAUUGAUGUGUGAUUGUUGGGUGGCCUGUGGUCCACUAGAUUCAACCAAAGUGCUGAACACUUGCAGCAAAAUCAGUCUUUAUCAUUUUAAUUUCUUUUUUAAAUUGUACAUCACUUGUGGUAUCCUUGGUUCACCAGCUGCUUCAACCACGGAGGUGAGUUUUUAACUACAGCUGAUCACCUUUAGAUUCUAGCAACCGACCCCACAGCUCUGGCUUUUGUUCUGAGACACUGGUGGCACAAGCUGCUGGGUGUCAUGAGUUGGCCAUCUGUUGUGGAAACCUACUUAAACCUGCAAGCAGAUUAACCAGCGAAAGGGUCCAAAGCACCGGUCAGUCAGGACGUUCCUGUGUCGGCUUCCUGGUGGAGGAGGAGGAGGAGGAGGGGGAGGAGGCGGAGGAGCAGGGAUGCUGAGGGCCACCGUGGGCUCGGUGCAGGAGAGGGACGAGGAGCAGGAGGAUGAAGGCGAAGAAGAGCUGAGGGAUGGAGGGGUGCCCUUCUAUGUCAACAGAGGAGGCCUCCCGGUGGACGAGGAGACUUGGGAGAGGAUGUGGCGCCAUGUGGCUCGAAUACACCCAAGUGGGGAAGCUUUGGGGAAGGAGAUCCGGGGUGCCACCGACCUGCCCAAGAUUCCAAUACCGAGCGUGCCUACAUACCAGCCUACCACCCCUAUCCCACAGCGCCUGGAAGCCAUACAGAAGUACAUCAGGGAUUUGCAGUACAAUCACACGGGAACACAGUUUUUUGAAAUAAAGAAGAGCCGGCCUCUUACUGCGUUGAUGGACAUCGCUAAAGAGAUGACACGGGAAGCUCUGCCAAUCAAAUGCCUGGAGGCGGUGAUCCUGGGGAUUUACCUCACCAACAACAUGCCAGGUGUGGAGCGCUUCCCCCUCAGUUUUCAGUCUCAGUUCUCAGGGAACCACUUCCACCACAUCGUGCUCGGAGUCCACAGCGGGGGGCGCUUUGGCGCACUGGGCAUCAGCCGGAGGGAGGACCUCAUGUUCAAGCCCCUGGAGCUCCGGACACUGAUGGACUUGGUGCAAGAGUUUGAGGGAGCCUACAGGGGCUACUGGCACACCCUGCGCAAGGUCAGGAUCGGCCAGUACGUGUCGCAUGACCCUCACAGCGUGGAGCAGAUCGAGUGGAAACAUUCGAUACUAGACUUGGACAAGCUGACCAAGGAGGAGCUACGGAAGGAGCUGGAGAGGCACACUCGAGACAUGAGGCUGAAGAUAGGAAAGCCUGCACCGCCCUCUCCCACCAAAGACAGGAGGAACAGCAUGGGCUCACCCCUCAGAGGACCAGGCAGCCCCAUACGCAGGGUCAGCCGCGCUGAGAGACGCCCCUCCGGAGAGAAGAAGGUUCUGGAGCAAAAAUCGACUACAGACAUAAACGGAUACCAGAUUCGAGUCUGAGGAUGUGUUUAAGCUUGCUUGUUAAGUCUAAAGGUACCACACUCUCGUUUCAUGGGGCCAUUGAUCAAUCCUUUGUACACACAUUGGCCUAUUCACUGGAUGCAAUGUUGAAUAGGUCACCAGCAACUUUUUCUCUCAAAACAAAUGCCUCAUUCAGCUUCCCUGUGUCUGUGUUCUUAGAGGCGUUGCCUGGAGCUGCACUGUGGAUAGUAAUUGGUGCUGGCAGCAUUCCCAAAUUAUAAAAGGGGUCAUAUGUGCAGCACUUUGUAAAGAUUUUUAAAUAGCUGCAGAGUUUUCUGCUAACUCAACCCAGCGAGAAAUAUGACUCCAAGCACCGGGCAAGGCUACCACUCAAUGUUAAUGUGCUACUGGUUUUAUUCUGUUCAACGAAAGCUCUUAAAGCUCGUCCGCAAUCUGUAUCGUCGUACUGUAAGUGUGCAAAUACAUGUAAUGUGAUUUUAAAUCCACUUAGGCUCUGCUGGGCAGCAACUGCUUGUGUAGUGACUAGUUUGCAAAACCACUACCCUCGUGCCUUGUAUGAGAAUUCAAAGAAAAAUACUUUUUAUACCCAACCUGUCAUGACCAUUGCAUAAGUAAAACACAAAGCAGCGUAAUCUCUGCUCUUCCAAAAGAUACUGAAAGCGAAUGAAAUCAGUUCUGAGCGACAGUUCAUUGACACCUAAUAUCCAGACGCUAGUACGUUUAGCAUGCAAUUUAACCCACUGGGGCUGAAUAUGGGUUUGAAUGCACAAUAUACAGAUGUGUAUUCAAGAGUAUAAAGGCAUCAGUGGUUAUUAGGAGAAGAUAAGGAAAUGACUCAUGCCAACGCAGCUGACUGAGCUUAUCUGCAUUCAAUGUAGAUGUAAAGUAAUGACAAGUCAGUUUAUAUGUACUGUAUAACUGCUCUGCUUACAUUGUUUCUAGCUUUUAUUUGUAGCAACUAAAUUCAAUAUUUCACUUGCCUUAAGUGGUGUCUAAGGAACUGACGUCAGUUUAAGGUGUAAAGGCGUUUUUUUUAACAGCACUUUUAUCCACAUUUUGUAUUUCAUUUUAUUUUUUAAAUCGGAAAAUUCUGUCAUUUUAUACUUCCGUCAGUGUUGGUGAUCAGCAGUGGACCUCUUUAAUAUUUACUACACACCAUUUUGAAUACGUUCCCACAGCAAUCAUUUUAAUGUGUACAGUACUGUAGGUGUUGUCCAUUUUCAUUCCAGUGCACUGUCUGUCUGUAACACAACUGUUUUGUACCAAACAGACUGUUGAUUUACAGGAUCACAAUAAAGGCUCACUUGAAUUGUGGUGACACCA